AUGACGGAGGCUUUCCCCAGUGCCCUCGUCGGCCCAUCGUCGAAGGAGAGAAAGUACGAUCGCCAGCUUCGACUCUGGGCUGCAAGCGGCCAGCAAGCUCUCGAGGAGGCUCGAGUCCUCUUGGUCAACUCGGAUGGCCCGUGGAGCGAUCAGAGCACCGGUGUGUCCGGCGUAGUGGGUGUUGAGACGCUGAAGAACCUCGUACUUCCCGGCGUUGGGGGCUUCACUAUUGUGGACCCCGCGGUUGUCACUGAAUCAGACCUGGGGUUGAACUUCUUUCUGGAGGAGGAGAGUCUUGGGAAGUCCAGAGCGGAAGAGACCUGUCGCUUGCUAAGGGAACUGAAUCCCGAUGUUGAGGGCAGCUUUCGAUCAAAGUCAAUUACGGAGCUUCUGCAAGAGGACCCUGACUUUCUUCCACAACAUAAACUAGUCUUGAUAUCCGGUCCGAUGAAACGAUCCUCGCUAAAUAUACUCUGCAAGGCUGCCAAAGAAUACAACAUCCCCGUGUUGUAUACUCGCUCCGUUGGCUUCUACUCCACUUUCUCCCUACAAUUACCAACCUCCUUUCCUAUUGUCGAAACCCACCCCGAUCCUGAGACUACCCAGGACCUUCGUCUACUCAAUCCUUGGCCGGAGCUUACUGAAGCGGCUGCGCGUCUAAGCAACCUUGACAGCUUGGAUGACCACCAGCACGGCCAUGUACCGUAUAUCUUAUUGCUUCUUCACUACCUCCAGCUGUGGAAAGAAUCCCACGGCGGAAGUGCCCCGUCCAACUAUAAAGAGAAAACUGAAUUUCGGGAGUUGGUUCGAUCAAGUGCGAGAACCAACAACCCGGAGGGUGGCGAGGAGAACUACGACGAAGCGGUUGCGGCAGUGUUGAAGUCGCUCAACCCAUUCACUCUUCGGAGCUCUCUUCGGGAGAUAUUUGAAAUGGAGGAGUGCAAGUCUCCCAGGCCGGCGUCGGCCAAUUUCUGGGUCAUCGCUUCUGCGGUGAGCCAAUUCUACCAGAAACACCAAGUCCUUCCUCUCCCGGGCUCUUUGCCCGACAUGAAAGCGCAAUCAGCCGACUAUGUCUCCCUCCAGAACAUCUACAAGUCGAAGGCGCGGAAGGAUGUAGAGGAAGUCACGGAUAUAGUUCGACAGAUCGAGUUACAGAUUGGGUCGCAUCAGAAUCCAAUUCCCGAGAAGGAGAUUGAGCUUUUCUGCAAGAAUGCUGCUCACAUCAAAGUCGUCCAUGGUCGCGACAUUCCCCAAAUCGACCGCGAUGCACUUUCUCUCAAAACCAGCAGAAAUAGUCUGACCAUGCCAGACUCUCUGUUUCCUAUUUUUGUUGCUUUCCAGGUCCUUGACGCCGUUAUCACAGAUAUCCAGGAAGGAGCUUUGCCGGGCAAGUCGAUCGACGAUGAAGCCGUAUGGAAUGCCAAGGUCGAUCAGGCCAUCGCGGCACUUACUCGGGACGACUCGACGGACAUCAACGAGGAAACCCGUGAUUCUAUAGUAGAGGCUACAAAAGAACUUCGACGGACAGAUGGAGGGGAACUACACAAUAUCUCCUCGCUUACCGGAGGGCUGGUCGCGCAAGAGGCGCUGAAAGUCAUUACGAGGCAGUACGGACCUCUGGACAACACCUGCGUGUUUGAUGGCGUCCGGAGCCGUAGCGAAAUGUAUAGACUGUAG